AUGCCUAACCACCCUGUUGCUGUUUCAGGUGCCAUAAUCGUGGUCGGUGUUGCUGUAGCUGCUGCAAUCGCUGUUUACGAAUCCCCUCAAGCACGGCAAUUCGCCGAAGACGUCCGCCGAAAGAUUGCCGUUGCCCUUCACUCCCUAGGUGAUGAAAUCAAUCCCGCAGCCCGACAGCCUCGAUUCAACCGUCCUGAAGAUGCAGAAGGGUUUAUGGAGAGCACAGGGAGUGCCGGGCGUGCUGAGCCUGGUGUGGAUGCAGAUGAGGAAUCUCGAAAACGCCAGAGAGAAGAGCUGAUGUACUGGAACGCUGUGCACAUGGAGAAGAUGGAGAAGGAGAGGAAGUUGGCAGGCGAAGGACCAGCAAACAGAAGCCGGAUUUCAAGUUUUGACGAUUUCUUACAAGAAGACCCGGCAGCUGAGAAGGGAACUUACGUCUAUAAUACUGGCACAGAUGUAAAUGGCGUCUCGGACGAUGGUCUCCGAAGCCGCGGUGUUCGAGGUCUAAACCAUGGUUCAUUUUACGCCAACCCGUUCAGCGAUGAGCACAACAUCGACUGGGAUGAGCAGCGUGCUAUCGAUGCUAGCCUCAUUUCCCCCGAAGCCUCCGAGAAAAUGGAAGUCAUGUCUGACCUCUACAGCGCACAAGAAGACCCCAAGCCCUCUCGCGAGACAACCGCCACCAUCGCCGAACAACUAAUUGAUACCUCCGAAGAGCCCGUCCCCGACCCACCUGUCGCUCUACCAAGCCUAGAAAUGAUGCAAGAGACGAACUUUACCAACAUGUCUGAACGCAUAAGAGACGACUCGGCAUAUGCUUCAAUCCAUGCAUGGGCCGACAACGCAAACACCAGUUUCUACUCCCCUCUUCCUGUAACUCCAGGAGCCACUACACCUCAACAACAACACGAACCUGUUCCCGGCUCACCAGCAGUCAGCGACCCUCCUCUUUCUGUGCCAGGAGAUGGCGACAUGACGCCCACCGACUCGGCAUCCCUUGCUGGUUCAGGCUCAGAGGUCUGGGCUCCUAGAAGUGGAGCGACGAGCGAUGCGGACGUUAUGAGUAUUGAUGGCGAGGGUAUUUCUACUCCUGGUUCUUGGACCGAGGUUGGAAGCGUGGUCAGUGAGAAUGAUGUUGGGACUGGCAUUCAUCAUUAG